CAGGGUGCAAGCUAAUUUCGUCACCUGACUAAAAUCUCUGACUUUUAACUUUAAUUACAAAAGUCGAGGGAAGUUUCGUCAAAAUGGCUCGUUUAUUUUGCCUUUUCGUUUUAGUCACUAUUGUUGCCGCUACACUAGCAGCCCCGAUGCGAGAGAUGUCGGAAAAGGAAGCUAUGCUCAAAGAGUUGUUGAAAGAUAAGAAGAUUUGGGAUUGGUUAUAUGGCGAUGAAGAAACAACUGACGCAAUUACCACAGCACAACCAACAACAGAAGCACCACAACCGCUCCCAAUAAUCUCCCUUGGCGAAGCAUCACGUCUCACGUCCAAUCGGAUUUGCGGCGCGGCACAAACCCUAUUCCCUGUCCGGAACGAAAAGGUGGAGUCCAAACGCGACCUGGUGAUCAACAUGAUCUACGAUAUCUGUCUGCCAUCGGUCGGAAUCGAGGAUCUUGAAGCCUUUAGAAAGAUCCUGGACUUCCUCCGCAACGGAGAAGAAGAGGACAGCGCUGAUGCUAAUGUUGACGCAGGUACUGACACCAAUGCUGACGCUGGUGCAGACACCAAUGGUAACGCUGGUGCUGACGCUGGUGCAGACACCAAUGAUAACGCUAAUGUUGACGCUGGAGCUGACACCAAUGAUAACGCUGGUGCUGACGCUGAUGCUGACGCUGAUGCUGACGCUGACGCUGGUGCUGACGCUGAUGCUGGCGCUGGUGCUGACGCUGAUGCUGGCAAUGGCUGGUGGUGA